AUGUCUAACGCCGGCUGCUUCUUCCUCCUCUGCCGCCCGAAUCCGGCUCAAAAGCGAGCCUUGUCAGCAGACACAUUUUUGAAAAGCCAACUUACGAUUGCAUUAUUGCUCAUAAACGGUGGCGGCAACUUUUCGGCUAAACUUCACGAUUCAACCAUCAACAUGGUGUUGUCAUUCAUGGCUGUCAUUCACAUGACCCUUCCCGGUCAGCUUUUGCAUCCUUCCGGUUCAAUUGCGUCGCGAAUGUGCUAUGUGUGCACGGUCCACGUUUACGGGAGACUGGCUGCAUUAGCACUGCAUACAGCUGAGAUGGAGAUGGGGCUGAAAAAUAACGGUGACACGGCCAUAAACAUCAAUCUCCAGCACAGGACAUCUUGCAGUGCCGCCUUCCGAUUUAGAUGGAGGACAACACAACCCCUGAUCGACAUCGACACACCUUUCUGGAGAAUGUUGACCUUGUCCAUGAGCCGGAGCACGAAUCUGCAUCAGACUCCUCACAGCGUCUCAUCGGAAAGAACUGGUAAUCAUGCAACAGCUGGGGCAAGCAUAGCCCUCUCCACCUCAGAUGCCGCUUCAGAGACAUUGUCGAGAACCUCUCCCACACGCGCAGAAACGGAGUCUGUCGCCAUUGAGCCGAAUAGAACCUACGAGAUUCCUGUAUCUCGGCGUCGAGGGGGUCCUAGUCCUGAUCGACGGGCACGCCUUCCGUCCUCCCCGCGGCGACAUACUUCUUCAUUCUCGACCGCUGAAAGUUGGAGUGAUGAGCCCACCGUAGCCCCCGUAGAUGAUCGAUAUGCCCGUCGAAGCACUGCAAUUGCAGCGAAUGCGGGAAGGCAGCAAAGUCCGAGACGCAGAAGGUCUCCAUUCAGGCGGAGAAGAUCACCUACCAGGCUCGCCAGCUAUUUCGAGAGACGGGCACGCACCAGGAACCCGUCAGACGACUACUGGGUUGAUCACAACGACGACUAUUAUGGCCGCCCGAGAAGGCGCCCAUCUCCGCAUCGCAUGAGUAGGAGAAACUCGUGGGGCAUGUCACAGGAAAGGCGCGCGUGCGGAUUGUACAAAUAUACAUUUCAAGUGGCGGAUGCGACAAGAAAUCCAACCGACCAGUCUCUGAAGAAGAAGCUUCGCUAUUUUGACGAGGAGACAUUGUACCUGAAAGAUGUGAUGAAACUGCAAGACUCUAUCUUUCGUGGAGCCGAGUCGACAAGUGGUCUUGGGGGCAGUAACGAUGCUCCUCAGCUGUACGGAGUGGAUCCGCGAGUGAAACUGGCAGAUAAGACCAUCGCCCGCCAGGAAGCCAUGUUGACCGCCAUGUCAGAAAUUCGACUGCGAGCACUCCGACUGCAGCGUGAGAUGCAGCAAGAGACCGGUGCAGCAAAGGAGUCGCGAGAGACUGCGAUCUAUGUCUUCACGGCAAGCCAACCAAGAAGUUACCCAUUCGUCAUGACCCGACUGACGCUCAUAGAUUGUAACUGUUAUCUUCCUCCCACUGUCGUUCGUUUCCAGCUUGAAACACAUGCGCUGAUUCGAUGUCCCAAGGGCAUGAAUACCAAAGACAUUCGCGACCUGAACUCUAACCAGUGGCUGUUCUGGGUCGUCGCCAUCCCUCUGACUACCUUUUUCGUCAUCGUAUCCUGGAUCCUCGCCGGCGGAGAGUGGCCUGCAGUCGCAUGGAGACCAUCCUGGCAUCGACACAUAACUUCCGGAUCAAGACUACCCUUUUUCGAGACAUCUCCAUCUCCGCCAGCCUACCACGAUGUGGCUGACGUCGCUCGAGGAGACCUUAUGAGGACGAUGAGAGAGACUUGGCAGGGAUUCGCGGCAGGGAGAGAUCGGGAUUCAAUGACGAAGGUGUUGAUCCUGAUGGAUAUCCUUUACGUCGUCGAACUUCGACUUGGGUUUGAGGACUUCGUUGAGAGGCCUCGAUUGGGCUUCUACUUUGGCCACAACAGAGAUGUGCUUGAGACGAAGAAUUUUACUUUGCCUGAAGCUACGCAACGACUUCAGCGGUCUCACCGGCAGAUUUGGAAGCAUGUUUCUUACAGCCUUGCGGCAAGCGUUCUAACAGCACGCCCGCAUUUUCCAGUGCCAUGUGGCUCAGUACGUGAUGCUCUCGCUCAAAAGAAGGGCGAAUUGUCGCAGGUUAAGAAGAUACAGCCGACCGCCGUGGCGACAGUUUCUCAAGUCUCACGCGGUCUUGAUAGAGCAGAUUAUGCUGGCUAUAGACCGGCAUGCUGCACGACAAUGCAGUGGGUCGUGCAGAACGUCAGCCUUUGCAUUACCAUGGCAAUGGAAAGACACCACAUUGAGCCGUAA